AUGGAUAUGGAUUGGGACAAGAUAGUGAGAGUCAUUCGGGAGAGAAAGCUCAAUGGAGAGCAGGGUCUCAGGUUCAUUGAAAAAGAGUGGCAGAAUCAGAGAGAAGAGCGCGACGCCGAACUUGAGCGUUUGGCGAUUCUCGACGAAGAGGAAGAGGUGUUGGAGGUGCGGAAUGCUUUUGAAGAGUUGAGCGAGUGUGAAUUCCGGCGUCGUUUUCGUUUCUCGAAACGAACGGUACGUUGGUUGUGCGGCGAACUGGACCCCAUCAUCGGGUGCCGACGAGCCAGUGGAAUUUCAACGAAGCGGAAGGUGUUGUGUGCGCUGAGAUUUUUCGCGACCGGCUGCUUCCAGCGAACUGUCGGCAGUGAGGAGUUCAUCGGCCUGUCGCAGCCGUCCGUCAGCGACACGGUCCACGAGGUGGCACACGCCAUCGCUGUCGUUGGCGGACAAAAACGGUGGGUGGCGUUUCCCGAAACAUCACAAGCGAAGGAGCGAACAAAGGCGUCGUUCGCUCGGCUCGGGAGGAUUCCCGGUGUGCUGGGGUGCGUCGACGGCACGCUCAUCGCCAUCCAGAAGCCCCACGGCCUGAGCCCCGGCGACACGGCGAAUUACAUGUCGCGGAAGGGCUUCUACGCCUUGAACACCAUGAUCACCUGUGAUGCCGACCUCUGGAUUCUGGAUAUCAAUCCAUGUUUCCCGGGGUCGUGCCAUGACUCGUGGGUGUGGCGGAGGAGCUCUCUUCGGCGGCACGUGGGAGCUGAACUGCGGCUUGGCGAAUGCUUGCUUGAUAGCCACACCAAUUGUUAA